AUGCAGUGUGGUAUUCUGGAUUGGGUCCUAGAACAGAGAAAGGACAUUAGUGGGAAAGGCUGUGAAAUCCAAGGGAAGCAAAAGAAAGCAAGGAAGUACGCGACCAUGAAGCGAAUGCUUAGUCUCAGAGAUCAGAGACUCAAAGAAAAGGAUAGAUUAAAACCUAAAAAGAAAGAAAAGAAAGAUCCCGGCGCACUCAAGGAAAGAGAAGUCCCCCAACACCCUUCCUGCUUGUUCUUCCAAUAUAACACACAGCUGGGCCCGCCAUACCACAUCCUGGUAGAUACCAACUUUAUCAACUUCUCCAUUAAAGCCAAACUGGACUUGGUGCAAUCAAUGAUGGACUGUCUGUAUGCUAAGUGUAUCCCUUGUAUAACUGACUGUGUAAUGGCUGAAAUUGAGAAGUUGGGACAGAAGUAUCGAGUGGCUCUAAGGAUCGCCAAGGAUCCAAGAUUUGAACGAUUACCAUGCACUCACAAAGGAACCUAUGCAGAUGACUGCUUAGUACAGAGAGUGACUCAGCACAAGUGUUAUAUUGUGGCCACAGUUGACCGGGACCUUAAGCGAAGAAUCCGGAAGAUCCCUGGAGUUCCUAUCAUGUACAUUUCUAACCAUAGGUGA